AUGGCAUUUCCUGUUCCUGCUCACCUGCCUCGCAAGAGGGAUCCACAAGAUGUGUCAACCAAGAUACUCACGAAGAUCUCUGGGGCUACCACCAAAUCCCUGAGUGCGCAGCUAGCCUCGUCCUGGAUCACGGAGCUCGACGAAACCCUCUCACAGACGAAAGAAAGAAUACACGAACGCAUUGCCAACGACUUGUCUGCGUUCAAUGAACAAAUGACCAGUGCGAAGUCGAUCCAGGAGCGCCUGCAAACCUUGACGAGCAAUGUCGACCAACUGGAUAACAGGCUCUCGGACCCUCAGUCAGGACUUGUUCCGACUCUUCUAGGCACCCUUAUCCAGCACGGGGCACUUGCUCAGGAAAGCCUGGAUGCAGACGUGCACUCUCAUGCGCUAUCUCGUUUGCUUCAUUGCAAAGACGAGUAUUAUAUGCUUGAAAGCCUAGUACACGAAGGAAGACUCCCGGAGGCAGUUAAGGCCUGUCAAACUCUCGAGGCCGCUCUCCAAUCGUUACCAGAAUACUUGGGCCGCAGUUCCGUCAUCGUGGAUAUCAAGCGCAACUUUGCUGCGACGCGGGCUCGCGCAGAGGAACAGCUGACUGAUGCAUUCAUGCGAAGUGUGCGAAUAUCGCCAUCCGACAUCACGAUUUACCCCUCCAUACAAGUCAGGCAGACAGAGACCAUCCUGUCAUUGCCAUCCAUAGUGGCCUCACUAUCGUCGUCGGCUCUGGCAUCUCAUCUCUCCUCCCUACGGCGCGAUAUUACCACGCACUAUGUCGACCGCAUCCUCAAGCAGCCUGCAGAUGUCACGAUUACGUCCAAUAAAGUCCUCACGGGAACAAACGAGCACAAGCUUUCAGUGUUCCUUUCACCUCCAGACACGGCAGCGCUUCCUUCGCGGCUUCAAAAUCUAUCCAUGGUGUUCACAUUCCUCGACGAACAUCUCUUCCCUUGCCUACCGGAGUCGGAGCGGUCGUCGUUACCACUGUCUCUAUGCAAGCCGAUCAGACAGGCACUACUCAACUAUCUCCUUGUCCCAUCAACACCUUCAUCCAUGCAUGCGCUGCCCGACUUCCUUGCACUAGCCAAGCAAGCGCGUCAAUUUGAGGAGGAAUAUAUCUGUUCUAUACUUGGCGACCAUAACAGCGAACGCGAGAUCGCCGCAUGGACAGAUGGCAUUGCAACACAUUAUGAGCGCAAGCGACGUGCGGAACUACUAGAGAAAGGAAGACUGAUAGUAGUCGCACCGGAGGACGAGAGUCGUGUGUUCUACGUGGACGUCCCUAUCCUCGCAGAACAGGAUGUCAAGAGCGCUCAAACUGUCCCCGACAUCAAACCUAAGUCGAUCGAAGAGGAGGCUGAAGUCGCAUGGGACUUCGACGAUGAUGUUCCGAGCGAAGAACCAAGCGAAAAACUGUCCGAACCCAUGAAUGAGGAGAACGGAUGGGACUUCGACGACGAUGUGGAACCGGAAUCCGCUGUCGAGGCUGAACCUCAGCCAACAGAAUCGAAUGCAUCUUCAGACUCCACUAUUGCGGAACAAGAACAAGAUCCUGGAGAUGCGUGGGGCUGGAAUGAUGACGACGCUUCAGAAACCCUUAACGGCGACGAUACAUACGAGGACGAUCCCUGGGGAGACCCGUGGCAGGACAACGCUGCCAAGAUUCAGUCGCAAACAAACGGAUCAGCUGCCCAACCAAAGCCUGCCAAACGUUUCGAGAGGUUGACCUCCAAGGGAAAGGGCGCGCAGGGCACAGAGUCACCUCCUGUGAAAUCCCCAGCACUCAUACCUCCUCCGCCUCCAACUCCGCUUAUGCCUCCGCCGCAGAAUCAGCCGAAACCUAUUCAGCCUCGUCCUUCCGCGCCAACGAAGGAGACGUUUAUGGUGUCAGGGCGUACGAAGGACCUCAUAGGACACGUACGGAGUAUUCUCGAUGAAGCCACCCAACUAGCUUCAUCUGGGGCGCUUCCGCAAGCGUCUUCCAGCUCACCGUUAGGCUUGAUGUUGUCACAGGCGGCGCCCCUAACUCUUGAACUAUUCCGCGCUAUCUAUCCCGUGAAAUUCGCCUCAGCAUUUGAGAGUGUCCCCAAACUGCCCAUGCGUUUUUCCAAUGAUUGCAUACAUCUGAGCCUGGAGGUAGGGCAUAUGUUGGCGAGCGCGCGUGAUGUCGCGCCGUCAACUAAGGAGAGGUUGGCUGAGUGUGAAGAUCGCCUUAGGGUGCUAGGCGAUAGCUGGUUUCAAGAGACGAUUGACCGACAAUGUCGCAACAUCAACGAGAUUCUCGUCGAGGCAGACGGCUUCAUUGAAACAACGGAUCAGGACCGUUUCGACCGAUGUGAGAAUGCAGUCAAUAAGGUCCUGCAACGAAUACGACGCGUUGCACAACAAUGGAAGGCUGUAUUGAAUAAGAGCAAGUUCUACGAUGCUAUCGGUUCACUGGUAGAUGCUGCGUUGUCUCGUAUCCUUGCGGAUGUCCUGGCUUUACCGGAUAUCACUGAAGCUGAAUCACAUCGGCUCAAUGAGCUAUGCCACAUCCUUAAUGCUCUCGAAGGUUUGUUCGUUGAGAAUGCUGAGCAGCCAUCAUUUGUCGUUGCGUAUGUGCCCUCGUGGUUGAAAUUCUCCUAUUUAUCGGAGCUCCUGGAAGCGUCGAUUGCCGAUAUCUCAUACCUAUUUGAAGAGGGCGCGCUGGUCGAUUUUGAGAUCGAUGAGCUUGUGAAGCUUGUGAAGGCACUCUUCGCAGACACGCCAUUGCGAUCUCACACAGUAGCUAAACUUCUUCGCGGGCACCCUACCGCACAGGGUACCAAUGCACCACGAUGAUGCGUUUGGAUGAGAUCGUCGAGGUUCCGCUUUUGGACUUACCUAUACUUCCACUGUUUUAACUGUUGUAGUACAUACGACCUACCUGCAUCCAUACAGCUACUGGGUUCAACGUGG